AUGCUCAAGAUUCAAAAGUGUCCAUUCAAAGAGUCGCGCCAAUUGGCGGUGAAUGUGGAGGAGGGUAGUCAAGAAGGCAAGCAGGUCCCUGGGUAUCCUCGAAUCUCUUUAAGCGACCGUUCAGAAGUCUUAGACUUCCUGACACAGGAGCUAUGCAAUGACGACCUCGACCAAAUGGCAGACAAGCUGUGGUGGAUGUCGAGACAAAACAGCCAAAACAUCUCCCCACUGCACCGGCAAGCGGUCAAGCGCCGGACGAUCGUCGUCACGGAAGACCCGAAGCUCCACUUAGUCUGGAUCCACGACCGAAUCUUCGUCAAGCCGCUCCCGCGCUACCUCGGAGACUACGGCUUCUGGCGCGAUCACAUUUGCGCCAAAGACGGCACCGACAAGCAAAGCGUCCGGGUCCAGCGCGCGGCGCUGGGGGUUCAUCCGGACACCGACUUUCGCAUCGCCAAAGACCCGAGUCUCGCCCUGAUACCAGAACAUGUGACGUGGGAGCAUUUCUGCGCUUUCACGGGGGGGUUGAAUAGCAUCGAGGACCGUGAAGUUUCGGAGCGGUACCAGUACGGUGAGAUCCGCCUCACGCGCCUCAACUUUUACGCGCCGUUUCUGCUCGGCAGGUCGCACUUUCAGCGGGUGGACUACCAAUACGGGCCGUACUUUGCGCGGUUCUAUGUUCCCAUUCUAUUUGCCAUGGGAGUCGUGUCGGUGGUCUUGAGCGGCAUGCAGGUCAUCUUCACAGCGAGCGAGGAGGGCGCCGCGGUGAGGAGCCGGCGAUGGGCGGAUGCCGCGGUCGGGUUCAGCGUGGCAUCGAUUGUCGUGGCGUGUGGGCUUCUCAUUGCGCUUGGGGGUCUCAUUGUGUACAAGAUAUUGAUGGAGUGGAAGGUUGCGAUUCGAGAUCGCCGACGGCUGACGAAGCAGAGAAGCAAAGAGAAACAAGGCCAAGAGCAUGAGAGGGGAAAUCCCUAA